AAUAUGUGUGUUCUGGCUCUCUUCUUCGUUAACAUCGUCGCUGCUGAAAACUGAAAUUUCUCUGGUAGAGCUGUCCUCCUCUUCCCCCACCACCACUAUCAGUCUAUCUCAAUUCUCUCUCUCUCCACUUACACAUGGCUGCCUGUGGUUUUGGGGCUUCAGGAAUUAAGAUUAAGAGCUUGGAUUUCGGUUCUGUGAGGCCUAAAUUGAGAACAUUGCAGCCUUUGCAUGGUUUGAAAACUCCGUCAAUUGUUCGAUUCGAUGGAUUGGUCUUGUCGAAUCGAUCGAAGAAGAUGCUAAUUGGGUGCCGUAGUUCGUCUCUCGAAUCUGAUUUAACAGCUAAUGCAAGUAUAGAGGAUAUUUCUAAAGAAACUGAAUCACCCGAGGCAGUAAGCACACUAAUUCCCAAUGCAUUUGAGGUAGAGUCUCUUUUGACGGUGCUAUGUGACACAACAUCAAUCGCCGAGAUUGAACUUAAACUUGGCGGGUUUCGAUUAUACGUGUCGAGAGACUUGGCCGAGCAAAACGCACCUCCACAACCUCCAGCACCUGCUCAUGUUAUUGCCCAUUCAGUUGUGGAGACACCCAGUUCAAAUGGAUCUGCUUCAUCACCAUCUUUAGCCCUCUCCAAACCAACUUCUUCUUCAGCUGGAAUUCAGACAAUGCUCGAUAAGGCAGCAGAUGAGGGAUUGGUCAUACUUCAAUCUCCAAGGGUUGGGUAUUUUAAGAGAUGUCGAACAAUUAAAGGGAAGAAGGCUCCUCCUUCCUGCAAAGAGAAAGACACAGUAAAGGAGGGCCAGGUGCUCUGUUUUAUUGAACAGCUAGGCGGUGAGAUCCCCAUUGAGUCCGACAUAUCGGGGGAGGUGGUUAAGAUACUUAGAGAAGAUGGUGCUCCAGUUGGUUACGGGGAUGCUCUUAUUGCAAUCCUUCCUUCAUUUCCGGGCAUAAAGAAGCUUCAGUAGAUCCACCGAAUGUAACUUUUAUCAAGAUUCUUGCUCUCAGUUCUUUAUCUUUUUCGGUAAAUUUUCAUUAAUUCGAAAAGAGUAUUUGCUGCUUUUACAGAAAUUUGUCCAAGGGCUUCUAGAAGUCUUGUUGUAUUGAUUGUGGGGAUUUUUAUUUUUUUCUUUUGCUGAGUUUUUCUUUUAGCAAAUUGGUGAUGACAUUUAUUGAUAGGACUUGGAAAGCUUGAAAUUUUGAAUUUAUUUAUAAUAAAUUUAAUUGUAUUUGUUUGAGCAAUGGAUUAUCCUUUUGAAAAGUAA